AUGGCGUUGUCCAUUGUUCAGACAGCUUUCUCUUCUACCGCCCUAUCUUCUUCUGCUUUGAUCUGUCGGAAAACGAUGAAACAUGCUUCAACAUUGUUCAGAUUUUCAUCUAGCCUGUUGAGUGUGAGAUCUUACAAUUCCCUUUCCAUGAGAAAAUCAACCUUAUUAUCAUCAUCAAUCAAUCAUGGUGGUAUGAUGAAAAGGAUGAGUAGCAGUAUCCAUACUAAUGGAUUUUAUGAACGUGACCACAAGGGUGAUUAUAAUGAUGAUGAUGGAGUGGAGGAGGAUCCUGAUCCUCGUCUGGAGGCUUGGGACCUCAGAGACCCUCAUUCUCCAAGGAUGAUUCCCAUGCCUCCUGUGUCUUUUGAUAACAACAACUACCCCAUUGCCUACAGAUCAGAGCAAGAGCACAAACAAAAAAAGCAUCCAUCAAUAAGGGACGCCGUGUUCCUUGCGGUUGCCGAGACAACCGGCGAGCUUUUUCAUGUGAGACGGUUUAACAGGGAGAUGGUGGGGGCCCUUGCCCAUGGGCAUGGCUACUACACCAUGGAUGAGUAUUAUGGCCCAAAGAUAGGGCUCCAUAAGACUCCUCCGUACCCGACAGUUGGUUUCGAUGUUCACAGGUACGACCCGGAGAGUGGCUCCCUGGUUUACAUGGACCGCUCUCUGGAUGGGCUGGCCCUUUUCAUUGGCUCUAAUAAUGGGUUUGGGCUCCCAGCUGCCGACUUCCCUGAGCUGAAGCCCGAUGCCAUUUACUACACAGAACCCCCGAAAUGGCAUCUCCAUGAGGUUGACAUCUUCAAUCAUGACGUUGGCAUCUUCAAUUACAGAGACGAGAGUUUUGCGCCCUGCUUCUAUCCUGUUGACGUGCAGAGCAGUGUGAGGGUUAGUGGACCAAAGUGGUUCACCCCUACCCCGCUCGUUAGGUUCCCCUUUCUCGUGCAGAAUGAUGACGGCACAUUGUCACGAGGAGCAGCAGCACUCAACAUGGCUUCGAAAUCCUACGCUGGUUUGAUUUUCAAUUCAUUUACUCGACAUGGGCGUAAGUUGAGUACGAUGAUUAAUGCUAAUGUGCCGAAAACCAAAAGGUCACCUUCCACGCCUUGGCUGAUGCUGCCACCUGUUUUCCAAGGCGAUAACAAGAAUAAAAAUUUAGAUAUGUUUUACGAGUUUUACAGCCUGGGAACCGACCACAUCGAGGCGUGGGACCUCCGCGACCCUUUUUCCCCCAAAAUGGUUCCCAUGCCUCCUGUGGCUGUGGACAAACACAAUUACCCUGUUGCAUCCCACUCAGAGUUGGAGUCAGAUCUCAAGCGUCUAUGCAGAUACGAUGCCGUGUUCCUAGUGCUUUCCGAGCAUACGGAUGAGCUUUUCCAAGUGCGCCAGUACGUGCUCCACCAAGUGGGACCUGAUGGCUCGUUUGUCGAUGAUGUCUAUUACGAGGAGGGGGAUUUUGAUGAAAGCGUGCCGUACAAGACGGUCGGGUUUGAUGUUCACAAGUAUGAACCCAAGACCGGAAAAAUGGUUUAUAUGGAUCGUAACUUGGGCGGGUUGGCACUAUUCGUAGGCCCCCAUGAAGGCUUUGCUCUCCCUGCUCACGAGUACCAAGGCUUGAAGCCCAACUCCAUUUACUACACCGACAUGUAUUAUUCAGAUUACGAGAAUCGGUAUGGAGGCCAUGACAUCGGCAUAUUCAACUAUGAAAACGAGACUUUCUCGCCAUGCUAUUAUCCAUGUGACUUGAAGAGCAUGAUGACCAGGAUUGAGCCCAAUCCUAUUUGGUUUAGGCCAUCCCCUUGUGUCGAACAAAGGUCCAGCGUUGUGGAGAAACCUAGCUCUUCAACCCGUACCUAUUCUCAUUUAGAUUCUCUUCGUUCCUGCCUUAAUUCUAUAUAA